AAUAGCAAAGCCAAGCAAAUUUUUCCACGCGACAAAUUAAGUUUGUGGUCUUUAAAGUAGGCCAGGGCCCCAGUAUAUAUUCUGUCCUGAUGCAAUAACCAUGGAAGGUUCUGCUGAAGGAAACAGCGAGGAAGCCUUGAAAGAGGACGGGGCCAUGGGGGAUGACUUGGAAGAAAGUCUAAAGAAAAUGAAACCUCCGAACAGAAAGAAGUUUGACGAAGAGAUCGAGAGCAUUUUGAAGAUAAUACGAGAGAAAGAGGCAGAAAUAAAGGGAACAAGUGGGAAGCCUGAUGACACAAAAGGCCAGACGCUGGCAAGACUUCGAGCCAUUCGGGCGGAGAAGGAAGCCACUAUUGACCAGCGCAAGAAGAUAGACAUCUCACUGAAGGCUUUGAACACGGAGAUUACAAAAAGUAUGGGGGCAUUAUCUCGCCUUCAGUCCAAUCUACAUUACAAAAGUGAGGAGAAGAUAGAGGAAGCCAUUAGGAGAUUAGAUUAUCAGCUGAAGAACCAAAAUUUCCGUCUGUCAGAAGAGAAGAAAAUUGUGGCGGAAAUAGACAGCUUGAAACGCUCAAAAAAGGUUCUAAGCCAGUUCUUGGCACAGAAGAAGGAAGUGGAUGAGAUGAGAGCCAAACAGAGGAAGCUCAGAGAAGACCGUGAGGUAGACUAUCCUCGAUUGUACAAGCAGGUAUCAAGCCUGAAGAGCCAGGAAGAUGAUUUGAGAAGAAAAAACUCUGUCAAUAAGUCAAAAAAUGAAACAGUGAAGAAAGAGUUGGAUGAACUUUAUGAGCAGAAAAGGCAUUUGGUGUCAGAGUUCAAGAAGUACGAAAAAGAGUAUUACGGGUUGAAAGACGAGGUGCGUAAGAAACAGCGUCAGGAAAGCUUGAAGAAAAGAGAAGAGGAGAAACGUGCCCACGUGGAAGCACAACAGAAAGAGUUGGCUGAGUAUGAAUCCCAGAAAGAGCCAUUUGAGGAUGAGAAGCUGCUGUGUAACACACUGAUAACAUACCUCCAGAGAUUCCUCACCACUGACCUUGACCCUUCUGCUGGGGAUGAGGCUAGCCCCUCAGCACCAGGAGGCCCUGCCCCUGCUAUUUCACACCAAGACGGCAUGUACGUCCUCCUCAAGAAACCGGACGAGGAACUCUUUGGAGGAAUUUCCAGAAAAGGCAAGAAAGGCAGUAAAAAGAAGAAGCUGCCAAUGCACAAGCCUGUGACGCACACUCCUCAGAUCUUCUCCCAGUUCUCCAGUCUAGCGCUGAGCGCCCCCUCCAACAUCUCUGAAGUGCCUGCCUGUUUGGAGAAGCUACAGGGCCGCAAGGAGUAUUAUGAAAACUUUGUGGGGCAGUCCUCGUUCCUUGAGGAUCAGUCGCUCUCCUCUCUGUCCGUCAGUGUGUCUGACUAUGGCGGGGACUCCUUUGCUGAGAGUCUUCAGAGUGAGAGCGGUGUGUCGACGACAUGGAGCCUUCAGAGUAACGACGACUGCGAAGAAGUGGAGUCUGCCUGUGAGAGCUUCGCGUCUGAGAUGAAGCGCCAGACAAGUAAGACGGAGAGCACAGGCAGCACUUCUGAGACGGCAACAUGUGACAGUAUUGUAGAGGCGCUGGCCACACAGGGGCACGCCGAUCCUGUUGUUGUUGUUGUUGCCCCCUCGCCAAGUGCCGACGACGACAACUCCUCGCCAGAAUGUGAUAUGGGUAAAUGUGAUAAACAGGGUUUGGCUGACACCAAAGACAGCUUUAGUACCACAGGGGACCUAAUCGGCAGAGUCAUGCCAGAACCUGACCCAGAGAAUGGACCCCCUACACCAAAGAAGCCACAAACCACUGACCUUGAACCAAACACUGGAGAUAAGCAGGUGUGGAGCAAUGUUGUGAAUGAAAGUGAAAGCAAAAGUACAAUUUUAGGUGAGGAAGUGAAAACAAAGGGGGAUAAUCCCAAAGUAGUUAACUGUGCUGAUGAUGUCCAAGAACCUGUUGAGGAACAGGAUACCAGCAACUGUGACGGUGAUGUCUGUGUUGGGUGUGGGGGUGACGCAGACUGCAAAAAGCCCGGUUGUCCUCACUGGGGCAACUCUACUGACAACACUGACCACGAGAAAGAGCCUGUAAAAGGGGUACCUGUUGUUAUAAUUGACACCUGUAAAGAGAUACCUCGUCCCCAUCAAGCUAACAUGGAACGGGCACCAGAUAUAGCAGCAAUUGAGUAGGCUCAGUGUAUUCUUAAAUCUAUAUAGUUGUUAAUUAUUUAUUUUGCUGUAAUUAAGCCAAAAAUAUAUAUGACACAAAUGGUGUGCUUCUACAUUUCAUUAUUUUUUUUUUUUUUUUUUGGAGGGUUUUUUUUUUUCUAAUUUUUCUAAGCCCUCUUGACUAGGUAUCUAACCAGGCACAAUUAAAAAGGAGAGAUCUCAUUAUUAUGCAGUCAUUUCCAAAAGUACACAGAUUUGAAGCAAUGAACCAACCCUGUUGACAAGUCCAUCACCGAUACAUAUUCAUGACUAAGCUGCCUCAUCCUCAGUGGUUGAGGAGAUCAGGAUAUGCUUUUACCCAAGUAAAAGUGAUUGAACUUUCACCGUGUAUUGUAAUGCAGACAGAAUGAUACCUUUCGUAUUUUAUCAUGAAAUGGUCCACAAUACCCUUAACCUGUAUGUGCAUGUGUACUGUGUUUUAAAAGUUAUCUAACAAUCUGCCUAUUUUAACAUACUUUGAGAAAAAUUGUGGGACUGAUGACACAGAUAAAAUCAAUAGUUCGGUAAUUUGCUGAAGUUGGAUAUUAAAGAGAACUUAAGUUUUUGUUUAUGUUUAGUGCGAGCUUUGGAAAAGUUUUUUUCGUCAUGACAGUUUUUCAACUGUAAUGUCUGUCUGUCUAAACUCUAAACUUAAUGUGGGAUCAUUACUAUAUUUGACAUCAAUAAAAUGGUGUCCAGGGUCCUGCUGGUCGGAUGUAUCAUAAGCAAGAACUUUACUCCGCUAACUGACUGAGCAUUUCUACAGCCGGCGUAUAGGAACUCACUUGACACU